GAGGAACACGGCAAGCCCCGCCCCCUCCAGUGCUCCAGGUGGGCGGAGGCCAGUCCAAGACGUCUCUGGUUGAUGAUGUCAUUAGGAGGAAAGGCUGCUUCUGGAAGAGAGUUUGAGGUCGCCCACAGACUUGCGUUACAGAAGCAAGCGGAAAGUGAAACACGUAUCUCGCCAUAAAGGAAGUCUUCAUCAUCCAUAACGUGCGUGUCGAAUCGGUCAGCACAUGGCUUUUCUUCUGAGUCCAGACUUCUUCGACUGUGUGGACCAUCACAGGAUGGCCCUCUAUCGGGCUGCGCUGAAAGUCGAGAGUGGUGUCUCCGAAAUGGCAGCUAUUGCUGUGGAGCCCAUUACCAGUCCUCAGGUAAUUGUAGCGAUAGAGAGGAUUGUCCAGGGGGUGUUGGAGAGCCUGUCCAGGAAUGAAGCCCCUGUCCUCACUAUGGAAAACAGAUCAUCAUGGACCAACAUAGAGUUCAGUGAUUCGGUCGGGUUGCAGUUGGUGAGGGAUUGUACCACCAGAAAAAUCAGGAGCGACUGCCCCAGAUCCAGUUCGCAUUUUGCCCUUAUCAUGAAAAUCUUGUCCGUGAUCUACAAGCUGGUUCAGACCGACACCUACGCCACCAAGAGGGACAUCUUCUAUGAUAACGUUCAGCUCUAUGGAAGUCAGAGGACAGUGGACAGUAUAAUCACGGAUAUUUCCUGCAUGUUGAGGAUUCCCAGAAGGAGCUUACAUAUCCUAUCUACCUCCAAAGGCUGCGUGGCCGGGGAUCUGGUGUUCACAGAAGAAGACGGGACAAGGGUGAUUUGCAACACUACUUCCUCGGGAGUCCUUAUUCCAUCUAAUGUGGACGGAAUCCGGGACAUGAGAACCCAAGCCCGCUUUGUCCUCAUUAUUGAAAAAGACGCCACCCUCCAGCGGCUCCUCGAUGAUGAUUUUUGCGGGAAGUGCGGCCCCUGCAUCCUCAUCACGGGUAAAGGAGUUCCGGAUCUGAACACCAGGCUCUUCCUCCGCAAGCUGUGGGACACUUUCCGGGUUCCGAUUUUCACUCUGGUGGACUGUGACCCGCAUGGGAUAGAGAUCAUGUGUAUCUACAAGUAUGGAUCUGUGUCCAUGUCCUUCGAGGCUCGUAAUUUAACCGUCCCAUCUGUAGCUUGGCUCGGCUUGCUGCCUUCCGACAUUGAGAGGUUAUACAUCCCCGAACAAGCCUUGAUCCCAUUAUCGGAGGAGGACCAGAAAAAACUGCGCAGUUUGGAAAAGAGGCCGUAUGUUUCCAGCCAGCCGCUGUGGAAGAGAGAGUUGGAAAUCAUGUCUUCCAGGAAAAUGAAAGCUGAGAUUCAGGCCCUGACCUCUCUGUCACCCACCUACCUCACCCGGAUCUACCUACCCAACAAGCUGCAAUACGGAGGUUGGAUCUAAGGAGAACUCCUGCAGAUAAUCUGAAACAUUUCUGGCCCGUUAUGAAAUGUCCUUUGUGUUUUGAGUUCUUUAGUCUCUUUAGA